AUGGACGCUCUUUCGGCGCUGUCCAGGCAGGCGCUACCAUCUUUUCUGGUUCCCUUCGUCAGCAUUUCCUACGAGGUCCCGGCCCCGGCGCAGCCUGACAGCUUUCCGAAUUCUUCGUACCACGACAUUGGCUGGAAAGAUGUCUGCCUCAUGGUCACGCUCAUCGCAGCGAUGGCGCUGCUCCGGGACGUGACGCGGAUCGUGGUGCUCGAGCCGUUCGCGAAUUGGAUGUUGACCCGGCAAUGGCGGAAGCGCAAGGCGGCGGAGGGCGGCAACGAGACCCCGAACCUGGCAAAGGCGGACGCGGACAGCAAGGCGGAGAACAGCGCGCUAGGCCCCAAGAAGCCUAGCCUUGAGCGUCUCGUUGCCUCUUCGCGCGAGCAACGUCGCAUUCGCCACAGCGUCGUGCGCUUCGCCGAACAGGGCUGGAUGUGGAUUUAUUAUGUCUGGAUGUUCUCCUUUGGCAUGUACGUGUACUUCGGUCUGCCGGCAGACCCUUGGACCGGCUACCCCCAUAUCCCCCUCCCUGCUCCAGUCAAACUCUACUACCUCUGGCAAAUGGGCUUCUACCUCCACUCCAUCCUCGUCCUCAAUGCGGAGGCACGGAGGAAGGACCAUUGGCAGAUGAUGGCUCACCAUGUUGUGACUAUCGCCCUCAUGACUCUCAGCUACACGUACAACUUCACGCGUGUCGGCUGCGUCAUCUUGGUCAUAAUGGACUGCUGUGAUCUCAUCUUCCCUAUGGCCAAAAUGCUCCGCUACUUGGGCUACCAAACUGCAUGCGACCUCGCAUUCGUCGUAUUCAUGAUGUCGUGGCUCUACACCAGGCACUUCCUCUUCAUCCGCAUCAUUUGGUCUACGGCUUUCGACCUGCCAGUGAGGGUACCCUUGCUCUGGGAGCCCGAACGUGGAUCGUACAUCACGCUGGACGUUGUCCAUGGAUUCGUCGUGCUUCUCUCCGCACUUGAAGUCAUUCAAAUAGUCUGGUGCUUUAUGAUCUUCAGCGUUGCAUACCGAGUGGUCACAGGUCAAGGAGCCGAUGACUCGCGGAGCGACGACGAGGGUGACGACGAAGAUGUCAAGAAAGAGCGUUAG